UAGUAUACAAUAGAUAUAUGUAAUAUAAUUUAUACCUAUAUGAAGUAAGCAUUGUUUGUGUGAGUUCAUAGUUGGUUGUUGAAUAAUUUAUUAGAGCUAAAUUGUGCAGUCAAAUUACAUUCCAUAGGACAUCUUUCUGUUGUGAUUUUUAGGAAUUCUUCUUAAAUCACAUGUUUGAAGUAAACCACUCAACACUUAAAUGUUCAUUUGCAGCAACGCGUUGUUUGAAUAUGCCGACCAUGUGAAGAAUUUGGGGAACACUUUGUUCAAGCUGCUCUCGGAAGCACUUGGGCUCGAACCGAGCCACCUGGCAGAUAUAGAGUGCAACCAAGGGCAAGUCUUCCUAUGCCACUACUACCCUCCGUGCCCCCAGUCUGAACUCGCCAUCGAGGCAGGCCGACAUUCGGAGGGUGGUUUCCUGACCAUACUCCUCCAAGGUGAAAGCGGCGACCUCCAGAUCUUCAAUGAGGAUCAGUGGGUAGACGUCACGCCAAUGCCCCGAGCAUUCAUUGUGAAUAUCGGUGAUCUCUUAAAAUUUAUCUCCAAUGGUGGGUUUUGGAGCGUUGAACAUAGGAUUUUGGUGAAGAAUGUUGCUCCACGGGUCUCAGUCGCGUACUUCUUUGGAACACACAUCGAUCCAACCUUGACAAGGAUUUACAGUUCAAUUAAGGAGUUGGUGUUUGACGAGAACCAACUAUUAUAUAGGGAAACUCUCGCUAUUGAUUACAUCAAACAUUACUACUCCAUUGGGUUAGAUGCGAUAACUACUAUUUGA